AUGGCAAAAGCGUUUUUAAGCCAGGGGGCUGAAGCGGUGGUGCUUGCCGAUCUGGACGAGCAGGCGGUGCAAGCAGCGGCUGCUGACAUCGGCUGUGAGGGUUACGCCUGCAAUGUCACCCGGGAGAAUGAUGUGCAGACCUUGGUUGAACGCGUGCUGCAGAAACAUGGACACAUAGACCUGUUCUGUUCCAAUGCCGGCGCCGGCGGCCAGGGUCUGCUGACCGAUGCACCCAAUGAAGUCUGGCAACAGCAGUGGGAGCUGCACGUCAUGUCGCACCUGUAUGCGGCGCGAGCUGUACUGCCGGGUAUGCUGGAACGGGGUGAAGGCUACCUGCUCAAUACCGCAUCUGCAGCAGGUUUACUGGCAGCAAUCGGUUCAGGCCCCUACACCGUGAGUAAAGCCGCAGCGGUCAAACUUGCUGAGUUCCUGUCUAUUACCCACGGCGACGAAGGCAUUCGCGUUUCCGUCCUGUGUCCACAAGGUGUCAACACAGCGAUGGCACCCAGAAGCCUGGGGGAUGGACAGACGGACGGCAUCAUUGAGCCCGAGCAGCUGGCACAGACUGUGGUUGAAGCUAUUGCUGAAGAACGUUUCUACGUGCUUCCUCAUCCCGAGGUUGAAGACUACGUGCGACGUAAAGGUGACAACAUCGAUCGGUGGCUCAGUGGUAUGCGACGCUUACGCAAACGUUCGACUUAA